AUCUGGCGUUCAUUGAUAAGGUGUCGGGUGGGACGCGUGGGAAUGAGGCCAAUUCAUGGACAGAGUAGGUAGAGCAGAUCUAUGUGACAUUGUAACUUCAGGCGGGGCGCAACGAGCGAGGUCGCUCCUACCUCUUUCACCCGCUGUCGGCACUUUUGGAAUAAAAACUCUCCCGAUAUCUUCGCAACUUUGACUGCCUCAACACACCAUUUUUCAUCUUUCAACCCCAACUCAUUGCUUCUAUGGCGUCCCCAGAAGAGAAAUCUAAGCAGCCAUACGUCCCAGCUCCGAUACCUUGCUCUCACCCAUCUGAGAAACCUCCUCGACAUGUGUACGACCGGAUCAUCAAAGUCAUCGUUGGACCUGAAGGUGCUACGAGAGAAUUCCAAGUCUACCGCGGCCUGAUAUGUCACCAUUCGGAAUACUUCGAUCGCAUGUUGAAUGGCAGCUUCAGAGAAGCGCAGUCCGAGUCGCUCAGACUUGAGGAGGUCCAAGUGGAGAUGUUCCACCAUUUCUACGAUUGGAUGAACACAGGCGCAUUCGACAUCGACGGAUAUACCAAGGAUGAAAUCCGCUCCAAAACUUCGCUACCGGAAGUAAUUGCGAAGCUCUACAUAUUCGCUGACUACCACGUUGUCCACAGUCUCAAGAAUGCUGCUUUGGACUGCAUGUAUCUCCUCAUGGAGAGCGAGCAAUUAGUUCCCGCCAACAACAGCCCGCUGAUCUACUCCAACACAACCGGGUCGGAUCCUCUGCGUCAGCUACUCGUCGACGUCGCGGUGAGACAUUGGCCCUGCGACAUCAACAAGGGAAAACUGGAUAAUUAUGACAAAGAAUUCCUGGUCGAUUAUGUGCUCAAGCUGAAAGAGCUAGAGGCCGCGCCAGGGGUACUUAACUUGAAUCGCACGAAACAGGUCAAGGCAAUAAGGCCGAAUUUCUGCGAGUGGUAUCAUGUGCACCCUAAUGUCAAGGGCACGCCACGUGACGUUGGCGCUUCAACCGACAAGUCUGAAAGCGAGGUGGGUAUGUCUUAAGCUCGGGGCAUAGGGGGUGGCUCUGCUGAACCGCGGCGCUCAAGCUGAAUUCCCGACUCCAACGUGC